UACCUGAAAACAGAUGAUGUAAAACCCCUACUUUGAAAUCCCUAAACCCUAAACACUCACCGAGCAACAACAAACCCCUUUUCCUUCAAAAUUAUCAUGACAUUAAAAAUGGCGAAACUAUGAAACUUCCUACAACUUCACCAUUUUCAUUCUCAUCUUUUCUUCGUUGAAUUUCUUCAACCUCCAUGGCUACUACCCACCUUCUUCGCCAUUACCAUGGACCUCUCACUAUCUCUCCUACCACCAGCCUCACUGACUUCGUCAUCAACAACAACAACGGUGACGACAACGACGAUGAUGUCGGUUUUAAUUUGUUGCGGAAGACUCCUCUCCAGCUACAGACUUUGGAGAAUUUGUUCUCUGAUGAUAAGAACCCAACACAGAGUAGACUGGAGGACUAUGCUUCGGCUUUAGGCCUGACUUGUGAGCAAGUGAGAAGAUGGUUUAUUGAGCGUCGUCGAAGAGAUAAGCAAGAUGCUGCUAGAAAUAUUCAAGGAGGGAAUGGGUCUGCACAGAGGACAGAUAAGGGGAAGAGUAAGAUGAAGAAAAAGAAGAAUUUAUCAAGUUUGGAGCCAGGAGAGCAUGGGAGUUGUACAAGAAAACCUGGUCUCGUGCAGGAUAUGUUAUAUUCUCCAGACUAUAUAUUUAUGAAGAUAUUCAGGAAAGAUGGUCCGCCCCUUGGUGUUGAGUUUGAUCCUCUUCCCGAUACAGUGUUCCAAGGCAGUAACGGCAUUGCAGGUAGCAGAUGUUGUGAGGCUGCAAGUCAAGGUGAACAAAGGGCCUUUAAAAGAAGGAAGGUGACGAAAUCAUCCGUUUUAGACACUGAGCAAUGUAGUCGAAUGAAAAUUCCCAUGAAGAAACAUGGAAAGGGUAAAGGUUUGAUGUCAGUCUUGCAGCUGGUUAAUUCUCAUGCUCCUUUUCGAGAUAAUGAUGGAGCACUUAAACGGGGGAAGAUGCUUCCUCGUAAAAAUAGUCAACCAGGAAAAAGACACGGCAUGGGCAAAGGAUUUAUGACUGCUUCACAGCUGGCGAAUCCUGAUUCCAAGAGGAGAACACAGAGACGGAAACCUACGGCUCAGGUGAGACGGUCAGGGAAUAAAGUUCAGGAGAAAAAGAAGCCUCCUCCUCGUCGAAAAAAGGUUGAAUCUAUUCAGAAAGAAAUUCAGAAGGCACAAAGAAAUUGUUGCAAAAUUGCUUUGGAUUUAUCAAGAUAUGAUGAAAAUCUCUGUUCAUUCUCUGCGAAGGCGGAUGACGAGGAGCUUGAGCUAAGGGAGCUCCAAGCUGGACCAAACCCACUAACUUGUGGUGGUCAUUUUGCUAAUGUUGGGAAUGGUUGCUGUUCGCUUUGCAAAGGUCUUCUUCCUAAGUUCCCCCCUGAUGCUCUUAGAAUGAGAAAGCCACUUUGUAUGCACCCUUGGAAUUCAUCCUUGGAGCUUGAGAAGAAACUUUUUAAGGUUUUCCAUUUUCUGUAUACUUAUGCUGCAAUACUAGAUCUUUGUCCAUUUAACCUUGAUGAGUUUGCAGAGGCAUUCUGCGAUAAGGAUUCCUCAUUACUGGGGAAAUUGCAUGUGUGCCUCCUUGGUCUGUUGCUGUCUGAUAUUCAAAAGGAGAUUUCUUAUGGAACUUCCAUUCACUCAAAUAAAAAUGGCAUGUUUCUAAAUUUGCUUCGUAUGGCUGGGACACAAGAUUAUGCUGUGAACCUUUGGAAGACAUCUCUAAACCCUCUGACAUGGACCGAAAUAUUGCGACAAAUCCUAGUUACAGCUGGCUUUGGAUCAAAAGAUAGUAACCAAAGUAAAGGAUGUCUUCCCAAGGAAUCAGAUCAUAUGGCCAGGUGUGGAUUUCACCCUGAUACGUUGAAGGGAACACUUUUUAGCAUUUUGUUUGAGCAAAAAAACAAGGGAAUGAAGGUCAAUGAGUUGGCAAAAUAUUCGCAGAUAGUGGACUUGAAUCUGGAAAAAACAGAUGAUGAACUUGAAGAUUCAAUUUGCUCAAUUUUGGCCAGUGAUAUUACUUUAUUUGAAAAAAUCUCGUCAUCUACAUAUCGUCUACGUUUAACAUCAAUCAUGAAGAAAGACGAAGAUACUCUGUCGGAUAACGAUGACAAUGGAAGCAUUGACGAUGGAUCGAGGAGUUUCCAUAGCACUAAUGCCGAGUGUGACUCUGGAAUAUCUUCCUCAAGGCCUGAUAUGGGCCAUCAGUAUCCUGAAAAUAAUCCAUCUAGUCUUUCUUCUGUCAUAGAUGAAAGUCACCCCGGGGAGUCAUGGCUGUUAGGUUUGAUGGAGGGAGAAUAUUCGGACCUAAGCAUUGAGGAGAAGCUGAAUACUUUACUUGCUCUUGUUGAUCUUGUAAGUGCAGGAUCCAGCAUUAAAAUGGAGGAUCCAUCGGCAGCAAUUGCAGACUGUGUUCCAAGGACUUAUCAGCAUGGGUCUGGAGGAAAAAUUAAGCGAUCAACAGUACAGAGACCUAGCUUGCAUAUCUCAUCCUGCGGCGAUGAUAGAGAAAACGGGCGUUUCUCUUCAGCUUUUUAUGCUGUUGAUUCAUCAGUAGUGUUAUCAAUGAUGUCUGAAGAGUGUAGAUAUUCUGGCAAGAAAAAAGGUUCUAAUGGAGCAGGAAAUGGAGAUGAUCUACAUCCAAUUCAAUCUAUUUUUCUGGGUUCUGAUCGCAGGUAUAAUAGAUAUUGGCUCUUCUUGGGUCCUUGUGAUGCUGAUGAUCCUGGACAUAAACGAGUCUAUGUAGAGUCUUCUGAUGAUGGUCAGUGGCAAGUGAUUGAUAGUGAAGAGGCUCUAUGUGACUUGCUGGAUUCUUUGAAUGAUCAAGGUAGGAGGGAAGCUGUCCUUCUGGCAUCACUGGAGAAGCGUAUGCCAUUUCUUGUUGAAGAAAUGUUGAGCAGGAUACCAAUUGAUAUUAGCGGCAGCCAGUCAGCACAAUCUGGUCUAUCUGAGAUAGACAGGAUCAAUGAAGAUAGCCCGUCACCCAUAUCUGAUAUAGAUAAUUUGUCGUUGGGUGAGACUUUAUUUAAUGCUGUAACAUCAUCUGAUGCUGCACCUUUCAUAGUUGGAAAAAAGGCAGAACAGCAAAAACAGAAAUAUGAGCGGCUUCAAGCUUAUGACUCGUGGAUAUGGAAUGACUUUUACUCCAUUCUUCAUGCUGUUAAACAUGGAAAGCGGUCAUUUUUUGAUUCGUGGACAAGAUGUGGAAGUUGUAAUGAUCUUUACUGGCGUGAUGAAAGGCAUUGUAAGACAUGUCAUACUACAUUUGAGCUUGACUUGGAUCUUGAAGAAAAGUACGCUAUCCAUGUGGCUACAUGUCAUGCCCCUGAAGAUGCUGAUAUCUGUCCGAUGCAUAAAGUGUUGCCAUCAAAACUACAGGCUCUCAAAGCUGCAAUCCAUGUGAUUGAGUUGAUUAUGCCAGAGAGUGCACUGAUUGGGGGAUGGAAAAAAUCUGCUUACAAGCUUUGGGUUCGGAGGCUCAGACGCACCUCUUCUUUACACGAGUUUUUACAGGUUCUAGGUGAUUUUGUUGGUUCCCUUAAUGUGGAUUGGGUGUCACAAUUCACUGCCACACAUAAAUGCAAGUAUACAAUUGAAGAUUUUGUUGCAGAAUUUCAAACUAUGCCCCAAACUUCAUCUGCUGUUGCACUCUGGCUGGUAAAAUUAGAUGCCAUGAUUGCUUUGCAAUUGGACGAGAAAAUAGUUGAAACUGCUAAAGGCCAGAACUUAGUAGCCGCCCCGGUAAUGGUUUCAGUUGAUGAUGAUGACUGAGAUGUGCACCGCUGGCCUGGUAGAAGAUUGAUUUAUUUCCCUUUACAAAAGGCAGACAGACCCGGAAAAAGGCUAUGUUCUCUACGAUUCUACAAGAGAACCCUUUUGGAUAAUAGCUCGGAGGCUUGGAAAGUUCAAAUGGUAAAGGCUGCGGGUAUCUUGUACAGAGGAGAAGGGUUGCUGACGCUCAUUUAAUUUAUUUUGAAUAUUUUGGGCAGGUUGGCUAAAGAGAUAGUGUGUACAGAUAGAACUUUAGAAGCUUGUGGUGAGUCGGUGAUCGACGCCACAAUUAUCUUGUAAAACUAGUUUAUAGUAUACGACACUAGAGUAGAAAUCAAGCAUCCAUAAUUCAACACCCAUGAUUUCUCUGUAGAACAAUGCUCUAAAGCAUACCAAAAUUUUGAAGCUGAGUGUCAUAUUAUUUUGUCAUGACACAACGAUCGUGUGUUCGUUAUACAUAUAAAUAAAUGAAGGUGAUUUUUUUGUUGAUCAUGA